AUGAAGCAGUUCACCCCAAUCGUCGCUGCUGUCGCUACUCUCACCAGCCUUGUUCCCACCGUUCACGGCCACGGCUUCGUCACUAGCCCAACACCCCGAUACCCCGGUGCCGCCUUCGAAGCAGCCUGCGGUCAACAAGCCUAUGACACCGAGACAGCCGAUAUCUACGGCAACGUACAAAACGAACUGACAGCCGAAGAAGGCCAGAGUGACUACAAUGCCGCUGAGUGUGACAUAUUCCUCUGCAAGGGUUUCAAAUACGCAGACAACAACGUCACCUACUCGUACACUGCUGGCGAGGUUGUCGACUUUGAGGUAACGAUUCAGGCUCCGCAUACUGGUCUCGCCAAUGUCUCCGUUGUCGAUACCUCUUCCAACACUGUCAUCGGUAAUCCGUUGAUCUCCUGGUCUGUCUACGCUUCGACAGCUACUGGAGUUGCAGCAAACAACACCAAGUUCAGUGUUACUAUUCCUGAUGACCUCAGUGACAAGUGUACCACCGGUGGAGAUUGUGUGCUGCAGUGGUACUGGUACGCCGCGUCUAUCGACCAGACCUACGAAGCCUGUGUGGACUUUACGGUCGAUGAGUCGGGAUCUGGCUCGACAUCUUCGUCUUCCUCGAGUUCCUCUACCUCCUCUAGUACCACUUCCAGCGUAUCUGUUGAGACUCAGAGCAGCUCCUCGUCUGUUCCAACUUCAUCUUCAUCUUCAUCUUCAGUCCCCUCUGAGACCCCAGCGGUUGAAACCACACCGGCUGUAACCUCUACUCCUGCAGAGAGCACUACCGCUGUCGCUUCUACCUCUGACACCGAAUAUACCACUCCAGCUCUGGUUGCUACUUCAACUUUUGCCACUAAAGUCCGUGCAUCUGAGACUCCAUCCGCAGACUCUGGCUCUUCCAGCACCACCGGAGUGGCUACUUCGAUACCGAUUCCUGUCAAUGGCAGUCCCGAGCAGAAACUGACCUGGAUUGAGAGUGUCUUCAAGUAUCUUGUUGACAACUGA